AAUCCGAAUCCCAAGGUCGUGUGCUUAGUUGACGUUUUCUUGUGAGUGCUGUUACUGAGGGGAUUCCGGAAUAGGGAGAUUAAGCUUCAAAAGUCAUAUAUUGACCGGAAUAUGAAACGCAAAAUAUAUAGACUUUCUGGAAUUUUACUUGAGACAAUUAUUAUUAUCGUUCUUAUCACUGACAGUGGAUGUCAGGAAGCUGUAACCAACCAAAAAUUGAAAGCCAAUGAAUCUUCACUAGACAAGAGUGAAAACACUGUUCAUACCGGUCCACCACUGUCAACAAGUUUAGGAUAUGGAUUUCUGUGUAUAACACUAGUCAAUUUAAGUGCUCUGUUGGGUGUUAUAUUUACAGUUCUCAAAAAAUACAGUUUCUUUCCUACACUACUUUCAUUUAUGGUUGCUACUGCUGUUGGCUCACUAUUAUCUACUUCUAUAAUUGUACUUAUACCAGAGGCAUUAGAAAUCGUUGGUAAAUCGGAUGACAAUCAUCCUUUGGGGGGCCAUUGGUAUGUCACUAAGUCGAUAGCCAUAUGUGCAGGUGUCUUAUUUUUCUACAUCUUAGAAUUCCUUCUACGUCUUCUUCCACGAUGCUUUUCGAAAAAUAAUAUGAAACCUAAUUGUAAUCCAAGCCAUUUCCAUGAUCAUAAUCAUCUUUCAUAUCAUCAGCAACGGAAAACUCCGACAAUAAUAGCUGUUGAGUUGCAUAUGGAUGGUGAUAAAGAUGAUCUCGAUCUUGAUUCCACUCCCAGUCAUCAAAAUCAUUUGCAGUCAAAUAAAUCACACAUAAUAAGAGGUGAUACAAAUGUACGAUGUGAUUCACCGAAUGAAGAUUCGAUGAAUCAUUUGCCAUCAUAUGAAGAGCUUUCUACUGAAGUCAGUAAACCUGUAAAUGAUGAACGAUUAGACUUGGAUCCAUCAGUUGCAGUUUCACCUCAUACAAUGAAAAAACGUAAAACUUGGGCACAAAGAAUCCGUGAUUUAGAGCCAGUUGGCUGGAUGAUAUUCAUUGGAGAUAGUGCACAUAAUUUUAUGGAUGGACUGUCUAUAGGUGUUGGAUUUUCUCAAAAUAUUGGCUUGGGUAUAAGUUUAACAUUAGCUGUUCUGUGCGAAGAAAUUCCACACGAAUUAGGAGAUAUUGCUGUCCUCUUACGCUCUGGUUUAAAUGUACCAUUGGCUAUGGUGUUUAAUUUUGCUUCUGCAUGUACAGCUUACAUAGGAUUCUUUAUUGGGAUAUCUGUCGGUGAAUUAUCUCAUGUAGCACCUUAUGUAUUUGCUGUUACGGCUGGCUUCUUUUUGUAUAUUGCACUUGCAGAUAUGUGUUUAACAAUGAAAUCCAGGACGCAAGUUUCUUCCCAGUUGGAACUCGUCAGUGAAUAUUGUUGUUUCCACUGAGACUGGAAUCCAGAAAUCAUCGCUUCAAAUGCCAUAAUGUUAUCAACUAGGCUAUCCAGUCGUGGUAGCCAAUCGUUUUGCGAUGGGUUAAGCUUUGAUGUAAUUUUCUAUCGUUGAUUGGAUCGAAUUGGCCAAUCGCCAUUGAUAUAUGAACUCUUAUGUGGAUGUCUUGAUAUUAUCGAUUACUUCAUUUGAUAAUAAUGAUGAAUGGUGGAUAACAGUUGGAAUUAGAGAUUUCAUGGAUUUCACAAUGGUAUACUUUCGUCGAUAUAUUUUCAUACUACUCAUAUCUAUAUUUUAAUGAAAUGCAAUUUACUGUUUUCUUCAGCUUCCUGAGAUGCGUGCAAUGGAGGAUGCGAAAAGAUUAGAGACCGAUAGUAUUUGGGGCAUAUUCCUGACUAAUCUUGCCGGUUUAACCUUUGGCUUUGGAUGCAUUAUAACAAUCACAUUAACUAGUCAGUACAUUAAUAUUGGAUAAUUGUGAAUGAUAAUAAUAAUUAUUAUAGUUGUCAUUAAUUAUUAUUAUUAUUACUGAUGUAAUACAAAUUCAAUGAUGACAACCAGAUGAUUAUACUCAUUGUUAACUUGAUCAUUUCAUACAUUUUUCUGUGUGAUUUUUCCCGGUUUUUACCCUAUUCUUUUUUUUUAUAUUGACGAUGUCUGUUAUUAUGCUUCAGCUUGGAUUUGUACUCCAAUAACAGACCAAUUGCAAGCUUCCACUUCGAAUCAAUUAUAACCUAUCAACAUCGAUUUUCUGCCCUUUUUUUUAUGAAGGUGUAGAACAUAAGUUUUUCACUGACAACAUCUAUUUAUCUUCUUCUUUAUCUAUCGGUUUUAUCUUUGUACUUUAUAUGAAGUCGCUCAGUGUGAAUUUAUUGAUUAUUUUAUCGUUGGUAUUCUACUCGUUUAUAUCUUCUUUUUCUGUUUGUUUCGUUGUUUUAGUGUCUUUUUUAUUCGCUUCUCUGUUUGUUUUUUUACUGUAAUCACCAAUAUCAUGGAUGAAAUUACUCUGAUUGUACUGCUACUACUCCUAUUUUGGAAAAAAUGUCAUUUCUCACUAGAAUGUAUAGAUUAUAAAUAGUAUGUGAAUCCAGAAAGGCCUUUGCAAGUAACCGAUGUAUGUGUAUGUGUGUACAUAUGUGUGAUAUGCCGUUUUGUACAAACAUAUAUACACUUCUAUAUACUGUCAUUUCAUUGUGAUACGGUUUUAUGCUAGACCUAUACAGUCUUUUGCCAGUUAUUCAACUUUUAAACACCAUCUUGUUAUUACUAUUAGUUUUGAUCCAAUAUAUUUCACUGUAUUUCUGUAAGAGAAAGAGAAUUUAUUGGUGUUUUUAACUUGCACUCACUGUAAUCUAUGAGCAGCCUGAUCCUCUGUGAUAGAAGUAAUUUUUCUUCUACAUAAAGAUGCAUUACGAAGGAUUUUUUGCUCUCAUUUACAAAUAGAUAUUAACACACACACCACUGUUCAUUGGUCAGAAAGUGUUGAGUGUAUUCGGUGUUCAACUUCCCUUAUGUGUCAUGGGCUAAAAUUUUAGAAACUUUAAGACAUAUUGAUAGUUUAAUGAUUCACUUUCAAAAGGUUUCACACUUAUUCUUGCUUCAACUGCUAUUUUCGAGAAUAUAAUUUGCGUCUAUUAUCAUUAUGUACAUCUUCGUGGCAGACUUCCGUCAAAAGGAACACUUUGCAUAUGUAUAUGUCAACAUUUUAAAUAAAAUAAACUAUGCAGUAACGUAUAGAGUAAGUUACCUUCUAGACAGAAAUUG